AUAUUGUAAACAAUGUCAAUUAACCUUGGAGGGUUAGUGUAUAAAAAGCGCGUUUUGAUUCAGAAGGUAACAGUUUGCAACGAACUUGCAUAAUGAAGCUUCUUCUCCUAGGACUGUUUGCGGCCAUGCUGGUCUGGGGCCCGCAGACAAGAGCCCAGAAAGACGACUUGACCAAUGACGAAGUACUGGAAGCUGAAGCGCGGGCAAAUAAACCUAGUGUUGGUGCUGCUGAAAACAAAUUCUGCGACGGCGAGUGUGCUGAAUUCGAAGGCGACGAUUUAGAUCAAUGCAUAGAAGCGUGUGAACAAGAUUCCUCCAAGCAGCUGGAAGGCGUUGAUGAUGGCGACGAUAAGGGAAGCCAAAGAAGAAAGAGGGGCUGGAUUAGGAUUCGGCUUCCCAGGAUUCCGCUUCCAAGGAUUCCGCUUCCCAGAAUUCCGCUUCCGAGAAUUCCGCUUCCCAGAAUUCCGCUUCCGAGGAUUCCGCUUCCCAGAAUUCCGCUUCCGAGGAUUCCGCUUCCCAGAAUUCCGAUCGGGAAAAAGAAACGAUCAGUCGAAGUACCAAUGGAGUAACGGCUUCGUCAUGAGGACCACGACAAUACAGCGUACCAAAAAAGCGCACAGUUGAAAAAUGUCACUAUAAACAGCAACAAAUAUAACUAUAAAACAGGAAUUAUAUAUAGCUGCUGAAAGACUUUCAGAUAUAUUGCCAAAUAUGAAAAUUUUCAUAAUUAAAGUAAAAAAAUAAAAAUAAAAUAAAAAACCGUG